UGUGGUCACUGUCAAAAGUUGGCGCCAGAGUACAUGAAACUAGCGAAUGCCGUACAGGGCUUCUUCAAAGUUGGAGCGGUAGACAUGACGCAGCAUCAAUCAGUUGGCGCUCCCUACGACAUAAAAGGCUUCCCAACUAUCAAGAUUUUUGGCACAAAUAAGAAGAAGCCAACCCUUUACACAGGUGCUCGUACAGCACAGGGAAUGAUCGAUAUACUGAUCAAUGAAAUGCGAAAGACGUUAUACUCGAAGCUUGGCGUCAGUGGCUCCGGCGAAUCUGGUGGUAGUUAUGAGGGCAAGAAGACCGGUGACGGCAAAAAUGUUGUGAUUGAAUUAACUGAUAGUAACUUUGAUCAAAAGGUACUUCACAGCAAGGAUCUUUGGCUGGUGGAAUUCUAUGCGCCCUGGUGUGGCCAUUGUAAAGCGCUGAAACCGCACUGGGACCAGGCAGCAUCCGAAUUACACGGUAAAGUUAAGCUUGGAGCACUGGAUGCUACGGUGCAUCAGAGUACAGCAAGCCGUUUCGGCAUCCAGGGCUUCCCAACAAUCAAAUAUUUCGCUCCGGGUUCAAGCGACAGCGAUGCUGAGGAUUACAAUGGUGGACGAACGAGCGCCGACAUCGUCGAAUAUGCUCUUGCCAAAGUUGCCGAAAACAUGCCGGCACCAGAAGUGAUUGAGGCUCUUUCACAGGACGUUGUUGAUGAUGCAUGCAAGGAGAAACAGCUUUGCAUUGUUGCCGUUCUGCCGCACAUUCUGGACUGCCAGAGCAAGUGUCGUAAUGAUUAUUUGAAGGUGAGAUUGUUGUGGUCGCUUACCAUCGCGAACUACGCUUACGGCUUAAGUAAAUUUGCCAUUUGUCGCCUCCAAUAUUCCUCACACCUCCCUUGA